GGCCGGCAGGCUGGGCGCGCAGGGGCGCGGGUCCCCGCGCGGCGCUCGGCGGCGGCACCAUGGGCACGGUGCUGUCCCUGUCCCCCAGCUACCGCAAGGCCACGCUGUUUGAGGAUGGCGCGGCCACCGUGGGCCACUACACGGCCGUGCAGAACAGCAAGAACGCCAAGGACAAGAGCCUGAAGCGCCACUCCAUCAUCUCCGUGCUGCCCUGGAAGCGCAUCGUGGCCGUGUCGGCCAAGAAGAAGAACUCCAAGAAGGUGCAGCCCAACAGCAGCUACCAGAACAACAUCACGCACCUCAACAAUGAGAACCUGAAGAAGUCGCUGUCGUGCGCCAACCUGUCCACCUUCGCCCAGCCGCCGCCCGCCCAGCCGCCGGCGCCGCCCGCCAGCCAGCUCUCGGGCCCCCAGGCCGGGGUCGUCUCCUCCUCGUCCUCGUCCUCGUCCUCCGUCAAGAAGGCCCCGCACCCCGCCCUCCCCUCGGCGGGGACGCCCAAGCGGGUCAUCGUCCAGGCGUCCACCAGCGAGCUGCUGCGCUGCCUGGGCGAGUUCCUGUGCCGCCGGUGCUACCGCCUCAAGCACCUGUCCCCCACGGACCCUGUGCUCUGGCUGCGCAGCGUGGACCGCUCCCUGCUGCUGCAGGGCUGGCAGGACCAGGGCUUCAUCACGCCCGCCAACGUGGUCUUCCUCUACAUGCUCUGCAGGGAUGUCAUCUCCUCCGAGGUGGGCUCCGACCACGAGCUGCAGGCCGUCCUGCUCACCUGCCUGUACCUCUCCUACUCCUACAUGGGCAACGAGAUCUCCUACCCGCUCAAGCCCUUCCUGGUGGAGAGCUGCAAGGAGGCCUUUUGGGACCGCUGCCUCUCCGUCAUCAACCUCAUGAGCUCCAAGAUGCUGCAGAUCAAUGCCGACCCCCACUACUUCACACAGGUCUUCUCCGACCUGAAGAACGAGAGCGGCCAGGAGGACAAGAAGCGGCUCCUGCUCGGGCUGGACCGGUGAGCCGCCCGGAGCCCGCGUCCUGGCCCAAGGAUUCAGACCGUUUUUAAAAAUUUAAUACGACACCAAUCAGAUUUUUGUGUACAGUAUCUUGUCUAGCAAAGCCACCAAGGGCCUCUCCCUUCCUGCCCCCCCCUAUUCACCCUCGGGGGGGGGGGUUCUCUCCAGCACUUGCCAAGUAUUCCAGGCGCCGUUGAACUCCCGGACCGUGUGUGAAGCCCAGAAGAUGUAUUCCCAGCCGCUCAGGCCACUGACCUUGCACUGCGGGGAGCUGGCACCUUCAGCCUCGCAGGGCUGGGGAAGGGCCUCUGGCCUGGCCGUUUCGGCCCAGGAGGAAUGGGUCUUUCUGUGUAGAGGCCCUUUCCUGGCACAUGUUUGGGGCUGUGCACUCUGCUGAGCCUCCUGGAGCCAACCCUCCCCCCCUCCCCACUGAGCCUCACCAGGCACCCCUCUCUGCCCCAUCCUCUUACAGCCAGGAGAUAAGACUGUGUCCUAUCGUUGGGCCAUGCCAGACCCUGGUUUGCCCUUUUUUCUUUUUUCAGGAGGGCUUUCCUUUAGAGGAGACGUGGAACUUGCUUCCCACCUCAGUCCCUUACCCGGCCCCUGCGCCCCCUGCUACCAGCUGUGUCGGUAGUGUUGGUUAAUGAGCUGGUUUGACUCAUUAAGUUCUUUCAUUUUGGGUCCCAGCUAAAGGGGUGGGGUGAAGCCGAGGACAGCUCCUUUCCUGGGUGAAUCUGUCAUUUGAAUAAUGCAGCUUAGUCAUCCUGAGGGGAAGGCCGGGACAGCUGCAGGUGCCCAUUAUCGACAGCCCGCCUGCCUUCUGGGCGGCGGUGCCCUGCCUGCCACUGAGCUGGGGCCUGUCUAGGGGCUCAGGCCGCUCGUUGGUGCACAUGACAAUUGCCCUGCAGAACAGGGUGGGUGGGAAGGGGGCCCAUGGCAGGGAUCAGGAUGGUGUGUUUGUGCUGGACCCCUUCUGACCACCCCUGUUCAUUUAAGCUGUUUCCAAACAGUUCUGUUUCAUCUGAUGGGGAAACUUUGCCCUGCAGGGCCCAGUGGGAUUGCUGGGUGGGUGCUCGGAGACAGUUCCUGCUGGCUGGGGAAGCCUGCUGAUCUGACAGCUGCAGCUGCUGGCUUGGGUUUUAGGCCCCCCAGCUUCCCACCCACCCCCCCAGCUGCACUGUACCUCGCCCCUGUUUUCUUUCUGCUUCUCCCGGAUUGGUGGCUUGGGACUUGGGAGAGCACCAGAAGGGAGUGAGUCUUCUUCAUGGCCCAUCACUCCAGUUUGGGGGAACAAAGACUAAUGUGAAGAUGCCACAGAGAAUUCUCUCUUCCUGUGCCAAUCCCUUGGGUCUGUGCCGGAAUCGGAAGGGUUUGAGAUAGGGGUAGGGCCAAAGGGUGGUGUUUUACAAGGGAUUAGGUUUGAGGGGGCCGCUGACUUCAGCACAAGCACUACUGAAACUCACCUGAAGAAGAAAAAAAAAAAAAAUAAAAGAAAGCUGUGAAAUUGAGCUUCCGGUUUAAGGCCUGGAGCUGAGCCUGAUGGCCCAAGCUGCUUCCAGACAGAGGGAGGAGGGCCAGCCCCGCCAAGCGCAUUGGCCCAGACCCAUGCCGGCCCAGCCGCACCUGGGGGUGCCCGCUGAGCUCUGAGCAAGACUGGCAGCCAUUCUGCUGUGGAACUGGAAGGAGGCUGUGCCCGAUGGCGCAAAACUUCACUGUGACGCCUCUUCUCUGCAGGAGUUGUCACCCAAUAUGUCAGUUCAGACUCUGCUGCCACGUGUGACCUGAGGUAGGAGGGCCCUGGGGACAGUGGCCCGGAGGCCUGGCUGGAAGAGGGAGGCUGGGGUGCCAAUCUCCAGAGGAGGGGGUGCACGUUUGUGCUCACACACUGAGCUGGCGGAAACUGCGGUGAAGUUGCGUCCACAGGAUUCCAGUUUUGCGUGUUUCCUUCUCUUUCUCCAUAUUUAUUUUUUUAUCUCUUUGGAGGCGGUGCCAAUUUCAGGAGUGGCUGGGGACUAAGGAGAUGCCUGGUUCCAUGAGUGAAGCCUGCGAGGCCGCCUCCCCCCUUGCACUGGCCAUCAGUAUUGUGUAAAGGAACAACUGAUAAAUACUUGAGUGUGCAAGCAAUGAUCCUAUUUGACAUGCUGCUAUGAAGACUACUUUUAGAACAAUUAAAAAAAAAACUAACCUACAAAAAAACCCACCUUAUUCUUUAAUUGUUGCUUUUACAGUGAUAUUGUGCAUGCAAACCAGGAGCAUUUUGUGUCUUAAGAAAAAUACUCUUUAGAACAGAUGGCUGUGAAAAUUACAUCCGUGCACAGAACAAGUCACAGGAAUAAUAGUUCAAGAUUUGGUUUUUCUCUUUUUCUUGUGAACCUGAAGGAUUGGUAUAUUCUUUCCAUGCAGCUCUUAGAAUUUCGUUUUGUUCCAACAGUUGUUAUACUUGCAAUGAAAAGAAAAUGUGCCAUUUUUUUUCACUUGGAAUUAUUCAUAGCUGUAUAUUUGAAACUGCUAAUUACACAUGUGUGGUGUAUGUUGGUUUUUUAGUGCAAUUUCUUCUGUAGCUAUUUUUUGACCAAACUGUGGGUAUUGUUAAAUAUUAAUUUAUCUCAGUCUCAUUUUGUAUGUGUGCGUAGUGUGUUUGUAGGUGUGUGUGGUUUAUAAUCUGACAAGGUCAUGAAGCUCAGUUUGGCUGUAAUUUAAUUCCCCUUUCCUUAUUUUUAUUUAUUUUUGUACUGUGCUGAUUAAAUAAAAUGCACUGACCAUCCAUUA